AUGCCUGAGAUGAGAAAUAUAUUAAAUACACGCGUUCAAGAAGGUCCGAUUAAAUUUAAUCUCAAACUCGAGGCGACUUACAACCGUCCAAACGUUCCCAAUUCGUCGGAGAAUAGGGCAUUUAAGACCUCGGCGGUUGAAAUUUGUAUAGAUAAUAAUAUUACGGAAGUUAUUGAGAGGGAGUACAUGAAGUUGUUGGCAGAGGAGGAAACAUAUAUAUCGCAUGGAAGUGGAUUUAUUUUGGAUACAAUAGAUGGGUUAUUGUUGGCGGUAUACACAUAUACACCUAUGGGCGGCUCAUCAUACAUUCAAUUACCGUCAUUAAUCGAUAGGAAACGGGGUACAAUUAACCCGCAAAACAUGGAUCAGCAAUGUUUUAAGUGGGCGAUACUAGCGAAACACGUGAUGGGGACUUCGGUAUGUCAUGUUGGGGUAAAUUAUACAAAACAUGAGGACAAAUAUAAUUUUGAGGGUAUUUCGUUCCCAACGCCGCUAUCAGAUAUAGCAAAAUUUGAAAAAAACAACAUCGGCGUGUCUGUAAAUGUCUACGGGAUUGAGAAAAAGUUUCAACCACCGAGGAAGUAUCCGACAUACGAGGUCUACCCGCUACGUGUCGUUGAUGAAGAGAAGGCCGAUCAUUUCGAUUUGUUGUUGCUGACAGACGAGAACGGGUUACACUACGUUUAUAUAUCAAAUUUUUCCCGGCUCAUACGUGCGCAGAAAACAGGACAUGAUGGACGAGUAGUAUUUUGCAAGCGAUGUUUUACCAGCUUUGACAAUAGGAGUAAUAAAUUAAAGUUGAGUGGACAGGUAGCGUUGGAGCAUCACAAAAAGAUUUGCGGAGCACAUAAACCGAUAUUACCAGUGAUGCCAGAAGAGGGAGGGUGUAUCGAAUUCAAAUCGUGGACAAAUACGGUUCGACACCCUUUUGUCCUAUAUGCGGAUUUUGAGGCAUUGCUGGUGAAGACGGAUGAGGUGAAGGGAAAAAGCACGAACUUAGUACAAAGACAUGAAGCUAUGAGUAACGGAUUUUUGGUAAAGGCGAGUGAUGACGUACCGGAUGAGUUAAUAAAACAACACGAUAUACCGACGGGGCCGGUAAUCUAUAGAGGGGCGAGAAUAAGACGGACGUGGCGAGGCACUUUAUUGAAACUGUGACUAAAAUAUCAUUAAAGAUCGAAAAACUGCUUAAAACCAACACACCUAUA